AUGUACAUAGAAACGGUUGUCCUUGAAGGGUUCCUGAGCUACCAGAAAAAAGCGACUCUAGGCCCCCUUUCCCCAGGCAUCAAUAUCAUUGUUGGUGAGAAUGGGUCUGGAAAAAGCAGCCUGCUCUGUGGCAAGUAUCCAUGCAUUUUAGUCCACACUCCUCCCCCAGAGUCCUGGGCUGGCGUCAGCAGGGGCCCUAUUGAAACCCUGAUCACCAUGCAAGUUGAGUCACUCAGCCGCACACAGCGCUUGGGCCUGCUCAAUUCUGCACCUGGAGCGAUGGCCCAAACCGCGACCGUGGGAAUGGUUCUCAAUAACACCAGCCGUCGUCUGCCUCAUGACAGGGAUCUGGUGACGGUGAAAAGAACAAUUAGUGCAUCUUCCACAACACUGAUGAUUGGAACUUCCCCAGUUGGGAAGAAAGAGUUUGUCGAAUAUCUUCACGCAGCUGGAUUCUCAUCUGAGAACACAUUUCAUGUCAUCAGGCAGGGCCAGGUCCAAGACAUCCUGCGCAUGUCGGCCCUGGAGCGUCUGCGCAUGGUGCAGCGGUUUGCUGGCUGGGACGCGCUCACUGAGAUGGAACAUUCCAGUGAGGAAUGCACAAACCUAGGGAACUCCGACCGACAGCACGCCAUCGACAUCGCCAAGGAGUGUCAGACGAAGUUGCAGUUGGACGAGCAGUGUAUGAGAGAAGCUAAGGAGUACAGGGCACUGGAGCUUGACGUCAGAACUAUAAAUGGAGUCUUGCUGGAAAGGGAGGCCACUGUGCUUGCGACAAAGCUGGAGAAAAUUGAAUCCAGCAUUGAGGAAUUGGAGCCUCAACACAACCUUGCCAAGCAAAAUUACGUGCACAUCUGUGACGCCCUUGAGGUGAUGAAGCUUGAUCUCAAGGGGCUCAAGGAGCACGAGCAGAGUCGACUGUACAGGCUGGAGGACCUCAAGGAAGAACUGGGCAGGGCUGAGGCAGGCAUAGUCAGGGAGAACCUGCAGGGAAAGCAGCUCAGGGAGGAGAUUGUUGCCAUCGAGAGGUCACAGCACGAGCUGGCACUGCGCCUGAGGACCGCCGAGCACGCGGUGCAAGACAUGACCGUGCAGCUUGCUGGCACUGUGCAGGCAUUGCGCAAGCUCGAGAGGAAAGAGGAGGACCUGGAAACCAGGAUGGCCAAAUUGGCCGACGAGAAGAAGUCCGUUAUGCAGCGUGUAUUCCACAGCCAUUGCUUUCGCACAACCAAGGAACGUAAUGUUUGGAUUGAAAGUGAGCUUCGGAAGAUUGAAUCUGCUGUGCAAGAAAUUCAGCAACAGGCAAGUAUCAUUGCAUUUUGUCACCAGUGA